UUGUAAAAGUGGGUCCACUUCCACACGGGAUCGCCAUGUUGCCAUACUUCAUUGUUUUUCCAUGAUAAUACGUUCUUGUUUUCGCUUCCAGAUUAGUCUGGUGUCACAAGUCUACCACUCCCCGCAUCCCUCCACUCGUUGGAAGCAAGCCGCCGCCCCCAUCGCCUGCCGAGCCAGCGAGCAGACGGCGGUCGAGUGCUUCCGCCAACGCAGAGCCGGAGACUGACGGCGGUCGGGUGCUUCCGCCCCCGGCCACACCCGCAGAGACCCAGACAGCGGCGGUAGCACCAGGUGAUUAACCAAUGGUCAAGCGUAUGGCAUUGGUGCUACUGCUCGUCGUUGCAAUCACGCUAUAUCUAGCAUCUACAUCAGCACAACCUGUCCCUGGAUGCCAAACAUACUGUGGAGAUAUCAAAAUACCUUAUCCAUUUGGCAUUGGUGCAAACUGUGCCAUCAAAACUGGCUUUGAGAUUAACUGCAAUAGGACUGCCGAUGGAACUAUGAAGCCAUUCAUUGUCAAUAUCGAGGUUCUAGAUAUAUCACUGCUCCAUGGUCAAACACGGGCAUUAAACGCCAUGUCAACGUAUUGCUACAAUCAUGCCACAGGAUCAAUGUAUGACAACACGUUUUGGCUUGACUUCUCAUCAUGGCCUUACCGGUUCUCUGACGUGCAAAACAAGUUCAUAGUCAUUGGCUGCAACACACUUGCUUACAUCUAUAACAGCAAAAACAGGACCGGGUACACGACAGCAUGUGCAUCAGUGUGUGCGAGCCCAGGAGCCGUGACAAAUGGCUCAUGCUCUGGUGUAGGGUGCUGCCAAAAUGCUAUUCCCAAGGGCUUAAGGCGCUAUGAUGUCUAUUUCAGAAAUGUCUAUAAUGAUCAAGAUAGUUGGCAGUUUAACCCAUGCAGCUAUGCUGCCCUUGUGGAAACAAAGACAUUUAAUUUCAGCUCCGACUACAUAACCACAAAGAGGUUCAAUGAUACAUACAAAGGGAGGCAGCCACUGGUUCUGGACUGGGUAAUUGGAGAUGAAACAUGCGAGGUGGCCAGGAACAUGACUUCUUAUGCAUGCCGCAGCGCAAACAGCGUGUGUGUGGAUUCAACCAAUGGUCCAGGGUAUAUAUGCAACUGCUCCAGGGGGUACGAAGGAAACCCUUACCUCUUGGAUGGAUGCACAGAUGUCAAUGAAUGUGAGAAGUAUCCAAGUAAAUGCCCAAAGACUGCUGUAUGCCACAAUACAAAAGGAGAUUACCGAUGUUCAUGUCCUCCAGGCAGAAAGUUGGCGAAGGACACGAACUCUUGUAACCCAGAUAUCACCCUAAUCAUAGGCACUUGCAUCGGCUGUAUCGUUCUAGUGAUUGUCAUCUUCUGCAUGCGUUUAAUUUUUGAGAGAAGAAAGCUCACAGAUGUCAAGAAACAGUAUUUUCAGCAACAUGGAGGUGUGCUAUUAUUCGAGAAGAUGAAAUCCGACCAGGGACUUGCAUUUACGGUAUUCACUGAAGCACAAGUAGAAGAAGCAACAAACAAGUUUGACAAAAGCCAAAUUCUAGGACAUGGGGGCCAUGGGACUGUUUACAAGGGCAUUAUUAAGGGUACAAAUCCAGUGGCAAUCAAAAGAUGUGCAUUGAUUGAUGAAAGGCAUAAGAAGGAAUUUGGUAAAGAAAUGCUGAUUCUCUCCCAGAUCAAUCACAAGAACAUCGUCAAGCUGUUGGGCUGCUGCCUGGAGGUGGAAGUCCCAAUGCUGGUGUAUGAGUUCAUCCCAAAAGGAACAUUGUUUGAUCUUCUUCACGGAAAGAACCGCACACGGCACAUCCCAUUCAGUUCGCUCUUAAGGAUCGUAAAUGAGGCAGCAGAGGGGCUUGCAUUUUUACAUUCCUAUGCAAACCCACCAAUUCUACAUGGUGAUGUGAAAACUUCUAACAUCCUUCUUGAUGACAAUUACAUGGCAAAGGUAUCCGACUUUGGGGCUUCCAUACUAGUACCAACUGAUCAAGCCCAGUUUGUGACAAUGGUUCAAGGGACUUGUGGUUAUCUGGAUCCUGAAUAUAUGCAGACAUGUCGGUUGACAGAUAAAAGCGAUGUUUAUAGCUUUGGUGUCGUCCUUUUGGAAGUCCUUACUGGGCAGGUGCCACUAAAACUGGAAGGUAAUGAGUCACAAAGAAGCUUGGCAUCAUGUUUCCUAGUGGCUAUGAAGGAGAACAACCUUGAUGCCAUGUUGGAUAGUCAAAUAAAAGAUCACGAGAGCAUGGAGCUGCUUACUGGACUAGCGGAACUAGCAAAGCAAUGCUUGGAUAUGUGUGGUGACAACAGGCCCUCCAUGAAAGAGGUAUCUAUGGAGCUUACCAGAUUAAGGAGGCUUUCCAAACAUCCUUGGAUGCAUCACGAUGCUGAUACAGAGAGCUUUCUCAGUGCACCAUCAACCAGUAGUUUUGAAAUAGAACAAGGCUCUGAAUACACAAGGAAGGAUGAACAAAUGCCCAUGAAUCCAAGCAGUUCUUACUUUAUCAGAUGAAGAGAAGUAUUGGCAGUUCUAUACUGCAGCAUUUUCAUUGGUCCUUCUCCUUCAUGUAAUCCCUUCUUAAAUUACUGGCGAAAAAAUACUUCCAGAUUGUAAGACUUUAUCAUCGUAGAAAUCUACAAGGCAUUGGCAUCACCUAAGCAGCAUAAUAUACUUUAUCAUCGAUAAUAAGAAUAUAAAUGUAAACGGGGGUGAAUUCAGUGCUGCACCA